CGUCGACAACCUCUCGCCCCCGAAUGCUCAACGAUGCAUUUCACGAUGACAACCAUUCAGAGCACUAGUCGGGAAGUAGAAUUCCAUGCAUCACGCCGACAAAAGAGCAAGUUUUCAUGGAAAUCUGUUUCAGUGUCAAUGGAGUGAAGUUUUCUCACUGGGAGCAUUCGACGAUUCCGCAGAACAAGAAAAAAACGUCAUUCAUCCACAGAUGAUGCAGUUCCAUAUCUAUUUCCAGACACGUGACAAUCUCCAAUGGUACUCGAUCCUUCACAGGAAUGCAAUUUCGGGUGCCGCUCAGAAUUUCGAACACAGCCAUAGGUCUCUUGAUCUUAUCGAUUAGCUUCCUCCAUCGAAUAUUGCAACAAUUCCCUGCGGAGAAAUCCUUUGCUGCAUGAAUAUUAAUCCUUAGAAUGACAAUUUAGGGCCGUAUUUUUACUUUGCAUGGGGCUCUGCACCGAUGAAGUGGGAUCAUGAACAGUGAAUUUUAGAAAAAGAACUUGUUAUUUUAUGUUCUACUCCAACAGCUGAAGUCACCAGAACAAGGGAUGUUAGAUUGUAUCCCCACCUGCACAUAUAGAUGUUAUGGUCGAUUAGGGCACGAGGCUAUAGCUAAUGUUGAGCUUAGGAAUGGUAUGGAAGUUAUGGUAACGCUGUUGAAUGAUGGAGGGAGAGAUUUCAUAUUUCUCUUAGUAUAGAAGUGUGGUUGCAAAUGGUUCAUGAAAUGGACCCUCAUUGAAUUUGCAAUUUGAAGUGUAGCUUGACUCACAAUGAGCAAUCCAUCACCAAGCCCGGCGGAGAGCAUCUACAUUUUAGCUGCAGAGCGCACCCGACGACCGGAUCCUCUAAACAGUUUCCGAACCUACCAUGGAGGAUGGAACUUCAUGAAUAUGAGCUACUUGGCGUCUGCAGGUUUCACAGGGAUAUCAGGAUUUGUCAUUGGGUUGCUGUGCUUACUUUUAGGUUUAGGUAUUAUUGUCGUUAUGGGCUGCAUGUUGGUUUGCUGCAAAGAACAUUUAAAACCUACACCUAAUUUUGACAGAGUUGGCAACUUCACCACCCUCAUUUCACUCAUGUUCUUCACCAUCGUUACCAUUACGGGGUGUGGGGUCUUGUUCACGGGACAAGAAGGGCUGCAUUCCGACUUGAGCACGGUGUUCAAAUACCUGAUAUCUCAGUUCGCUGCAGCGGUGGAUGCGAGUGUGACGUCUGUGCCUCCCAUGGCUGCUCCUUCUGCUGCUCAAGCCGCUGAGAAGAUGGAGAGUGCAACAAAUAGCAUCUCAACUGAAAUUCUUGCAAUUCUGGAUGAAAUUCGCUUAGGCCUUAUUAUUCUUUGCGCUGGCAUGCUUGUUCUUGCCCUGAUUGGCCUCGUGUUUGUUAUUUAUCAUAUCAAACCAGUUAUAUACACUUUAGUAACAAUUGGAUGGUUGCUGGUCACGAGCACUUGGAUCCUAUGCGGUGUUUUCCUCCUCCUCUACUCGGUUAUUGGAGAUACCUGUGUUGCAAUGCAAGAAUGGGCUGACGACCCCAGGCCUGGCAGCAGCUUUGAUAUGAUCAUGAAAUGUGGUUCUGACCUCAACUCUUCUAGUUCCCAUUUAAGUAUUGGUGAGCUGUUAACCGUAGCAGACGGUGAGACUCAAUUUCCAGAUUACAAAUUUGUGAAUGGCAUUCACCAACGAUACCAUGAGACUUCCGUACUCGAAAAUGACGAUGGACACCUAAAUCACAUCGAGAAGGACAAGUCCAUCCAGGAAAAACCUUCAACAAAUGACACUUGCGCAGUGCUGCGGCAAUCCUUCGUUGAAAUUUUUCAGACAGUUGCAACAAACAAUUGCCCGGGUAUGCGCAGAAAUGCCAAAUGGGUAUGGAUGGCCUUGGUCGCACUGUCUGCGGGAUCCACGGUAUCGAUUUGUCUAUGGAUUUUAUUCACACGGCGAUCUACAAUCAGGUUGAGAAAAGUUGACCUUUGUAGUAAUCAGAUGUCAUUUGGAUUCGAAGCGUCCAACAAGAAGAAUGACAAUAUUGGCGCUGGAGCAAGCUCGACCACUACGGGGGAAGAGUUUUCAGUGGACGUGAAUGGUGGAGGAAGGAGACGAACGAAACCAAGGCAGUGAUCAACCAUUAGACAGUCGAGUUAUCAGAAUGGUUCAUGACCCGACAAUAUAUGGUUCCUAUAUCCAAAAAGUAUCUACAAUUGGUCAUUAUUUGACGAACGUACGCUGAUAGAAAUUAUCCUAAAAUUCUCGUUGAUAUAUGCUGCGAACUCCCUCCCGAAGUUUGCUCUGUUUAUAAGCAAGAAAUGAGUCACUGCAAUCUUUUGUGA